AUGGCAGAUAACGUCAUCAAGGAAAAAAUUAAGCGCCGGGAGCACAUGUUCGCUUCAUUGAAACGCCAUAUUGAAUUUCUGGAGACGUAUAGCGCGGAAACUCAACACGGUCAAGUUUCAACCAGAGUGGAAAAUCUGGAUAAGAAAUGGGAGGAAUUCGAGAUGUUGCAAGAGGAGAUUGCAGAGCUUGAUGAAAAUGGAGAUUACGAAGAGGAUCAUUAUCAUUAUCAAUAUUUUCAAAUUCGUUCGAGUUUACUCGAAAAAAUGGCACCGACAAACCGUCCCGCCGAAGGCUUGGAUAAUACAAUCGGUCGAAACAACAGCGCGAUGGGAGUACACAGCGGGGUCCGUUUGCCCCAGAUAACACUACCGGACUUUGAUAGUGACUAUAGAGAUUGGCUGUCUUUCAAAUCUACAUAUGAGUCCCUCAUCCAUGAGACGGUCGAGCUGAGUGGAGUGCAAAAAUUUCAUUACCUGAAACCAGCAUUAAAGGGUGAGGCGGCGAAGCUCAUCGAAUCGUUAAUGAUUACAAAUGACAAUUACACGAUAGCUUGGGAAACGAUACCGAAACGGUAUUCGAACGAAUAUUUACUGAAAAAGAGGCAUUUGCAAGCAUUGAUGGAGUAUCCAAAAAUUUAG